UUAGACUUUGAGGUGAUUGGACGUUUUGAGCGGAACAAGCUAAAGUAAUAGAGGAGUCUACACCAACAACGGUGGAUACAUACCUACCAGCAGAAAAGCAGCAGAUUUUUUUUAUAACAAUUGUAACAUUAAAGUAAAUUAUUUAAGAGCUAAGCUGGUGCAAACAGAUUGAUUUGUGUGUAGCCAUAAAAAAGAAGGAAAAUAUUGAAAUUUUGAUUUAAAGAAAAAAAAAAAAAAAAACGAAAGUAAAAAUAUUGUGAAAUUAAGAAAUUCUGUAUUUUUAUAUAAAAAAACCCCAAUAAGCAACAACAAAAAGCGAAAAAAUAUACAUCAAGAAACAGUGAAAGAAAGAAAAAAGAAAAAAAAAAAAACGAAAAGCAAACCAAGUGGAGCCACCACUUUUGCAAAAAUACAAUUAGGAAUUGUUCGUUUGUUCAUGGUCGCAGCUCACUUUUUGGUAGCAGAAGCUGAAUAUGUAGAUUGAAUGUUAAGAUGUAUGGAAAGGAUCAGCAUCAUGUGAACGUUUUGUCUGAUGUUUAAGUUGGGACACAAUGAACUGAAUUGGAAAGUUGUGUAAACGUCCAUACCUCACUCACACCACCACACACACACACUCAAAAAGGGGAGACAAAGUUUCUCAACUUCAACACAACCAAGCCAAGCGCAGCAGGUCCAGGAGCCGGAAGCAGAGCAACAUCAUUUGCUGUUGUUGUUCUUGCAGCACUCUCGCUGUGUUACAAAACAAAAGCAAUUAUGGCUGAACAGCAAAAACUUUCACUAUGUCCACGUUUGGUGGACUACCUGGCGAUUGUGGGAGCCCGUACUACACCGCCCAUACACAAAGGACUGCCGGGCAACAAAACACCUCCGGUGCAAAUUCCCGAACUGUUACGACGUUAUCCACCUUCGGAUCAUGCCGACUUUCCGCUACCCCUGGAUAUGGUAUACUUUUGCCAACCAGAAGGCUGCACUACGGUGGGGCCACGAAGAACAGGCUCUGCAAUUCGUGAUAUGACCUCUUUUGUAUUUGCUCUAACGGACAAGGAUUCGGGUAAGACACGCUAUGGGAUUUGUGUGAAUUUCUAUCGGCCGGUGGAUAAGCCGCAACCGAAUGCGGAUAAAGCUCAAGGACACAGUACAACAUCCACAGCACAAAGUGGACGGGGCAGACGAAGUUCGGCGUUUCGUCGCGAGUCAUGGCGCAAGAGUAUGGAACGGAGUUCUGAUUCGGCAUUCAGUAGCGACUACAGAAGUAACGUCGCACCCAGUGAUUCAGACCGUGAAAUGACAUCCCGCAGAGAUUCCGAUACGCAACAUGGCCCAUAUGGCGGUGGCGGCCAUGGUGGCCAAUACAUGCAACAACAGCAGCAGCAACAACAACAGCAGCAAGUACCCAAAUUAGGUCUAAUGGCACCCUCAGGUGAUUCCGAGUCUGGCGGCAGUCAUUCACCCUCACCGCGUGCCUCCCGCAAACGCACCAAGUUGCGUAAUCAAUCGCUGACCUCAUUGUGCAUCAUCUCCCACCAUCCGUUCUUCACGACGUUCCGUGAAUGUCUGUUCAUCCUGAAGAAGAUAAUCGACGCGUGUAAUGAAUCGUCGUCGCCCAAGCGAUUGGGUGCAUCGCAGAAACAGUACAAGGACAAUGUUUGGACAGUGUUGACCGGUUUGGCCAGCGAGUCAACAUCGUCGAUAAUGUUGCACGAUGUCAAGGAGAUUGAAACAUGGAUUUUACGAUUGUUAUCGACACCAGUUCCCAUACCGGGAUCGACAAGAGUUGAGGUUGGUGUCCUCUCUCCAACGGUCCACGAUCCACUGACAUUUGCCCUGCCCGAUCAUACACGUUUCUCCCUCGUUGAUUUCCCACUGCAUUUGCCGCUCGAGCUGUUGGGCGUGGAAACGUGUUUGAAGGUUUGGACACUGAUAAUGUUAGAGAACAAGGUGUUGUUUCAAUCGCGUGACUACAACGCGCUCUCAAUGUCGGUCAUGGCAUUUGUUACAAUGUUAUAUCCAUUGGAAUAUAUGUUCCCAGUGAUACCAUUGUUGCCGACAUGUUUGAGUUGUGCCGAACAGCUAUUGUUGGCCCCUACGCCAUUUGUCAUCGGGGUGCCGGCAACAUUUUUGGUUUACAAAAAGAAUUUCAGGUUGCCCGAUGAUAUCUGGGUUGUGGAUUUGGAUUCGACAAAAUUAACACCACCUUCAGGUGGUUAUGAUGAGAUUCCACCUCUGCCCGAGCCAGAGGGUACCAUUUUGAAAAAUCAUCUAAAGCAGGCUAUGCAACUUAUGGAUGAAGCUGGAAUUUGUGCUUUGAAUUCCAUGGCCAAUGCGACUCCGGUGAUGCCUGUGGGCCAGCACAUGAUUCCCACACCAAGGGAUAGUCUAGCCGAACCGGGGAUGUCUUUUAGCUUCUCACAAAGCCGCUUACCGGUGCAGUCGCCCUCACAGUCGGUCUAUGCCAGCCAAAGAAAUUCGAUAUCAACACAGGGGGCAAUGUCUCGUCAACCUAGUCCCAUGAAUUCGCCGGCUUUGAAUCCUUUUGUUUUUGGUACCGAUGUUGAUUCCGUGGAUGUGGCCACCAGGGUUGCCAUGGUUCGCUUUUUCAACUCCCAAAAUACGCUGGCCAAUUUUGCCGAACACACACGCACCCUGCGUCUCUAUCCCCGACCCGUUGUGGCUUUCCAAAUCAAUAGCUUUCUGCGUUCACGGCCCAGAGCCUCACAGUUCCUAAACAUGUUUGCCAAAACUCAGGCUGUGGAAUUUUUGGCCGAAUGGUCACUGACGCCGACAAAUGUGGCAUUUUUAAGGGUACAAACGGGCGUUAUGGAUCCCCAGCAGGUUGGUGACAAGCCUAAAUGGUUUGCCAACUCCCUGACACCCAUACGCUUUGCCGUCUGGGAUGACAAUAGUUCCUUGAAUGGUGCCAUCAAGGCCCUCAAACAAUUGGAGUCGGCAGCAACGGAUGAGAGUGGUUCCGAUUCGGAGGGUGCCGAUAGUUCUAGUUCCUCGUAUUCGUCGUUAAGUGAUUUUGUCUCUGAAAUGGUUUCAUCCGAUCUCUCGCCCAGUUUGCACGAUGUCUUUGGUUCGCACAAUCGCCAACACAAUGUCCCAAAAACGCUGUCAACAAACUUGGAUCCCGCCCUGGUCUAUCAUCCGCCCAGCAAAUUGCAAUAUCCGGAGGGUAUGGUCGAACAAAUGUCUUCCAAGGAGGAUGAAGAUGAUCGUCCCGAAAGUCCAAUGUCCUCGUCGUCGAGUCGUUCGGAUUUGAGCUCACCGAGUUUUAAUAGAGAUUCCGAGUUUGAUUUUCCCUCGAAAUCUUUUGAAUUGGCGGCACCGGUGGCCCAAAGGCUGGAGGCCACCAUUAAGGCGGGUAGUAUGGAACAAGAGGCGGAAAGUGGUCCAACAUUGAUGGUGAAGACGCCAGUAUCAAGGACCAGCAGUGAGAAAAGGAUACCGCCCCCCAUUACCCCCGUCAAGCAGCCCAGUGUCACAAACAUCUUGUCCCGGGCCGGCAGCUCUGGCUCCAGUUCCAGCAGCCCCGGACGACAAAGUUCUCAGGGUUCGUUAUUUGAAAACAUUGCCUCACAUGCCAAGGACUUGGUGCGUGAGACCACUCGACAAAGCAGUCAAGAGGGUAUUUUGGCCCACAUGGAUAAGACUUCUAUGGAUGAUGAUCUAGAAAUUGAUGAUAAAAUGAUUCAGACAUUCGAAAAGCUAACUCUACAUGCCAAGAAGGCAGCUGGGGAAGCCUCCAAACAGGCUCUGGAAGUAUCGAAGCAGGCGGCUGGAGUAAGCAAGAAUACCUUUGAAGAUUUGAGUUAUGUUAGCAAAUCGACAUUGGGUGAUUUGACCAAGACCGCCAAGGAGGCGGCCAGCAAAAAGGGUCUAAUAAAAAUCGAUGAAAAAACUGGAGCUCCAAUGAAUACACAAUCCCAGGGUCAAGUGGUGACACAGAAACAAAUGACCAACUCGCCAAGUAGUGGCAGUAAUUUCUUUUCCAAUAUUGGUACGGAUUUCAAUGGAUUGGCCUCCUCGACCAGUACCAUGUUUUCGGGGAUGUUUGGGGGAAAGAAAAAUCAACAAAAACCCCAACAACAGCAGCAACAACAACAGUAUCAUCCCCAAACCAUGGGUCCUAAGUCAAAAAGUGGCCUCGGGUUUGAUCCCUUCCCAGGGCGCAAAGGUUUGGUGGAGCGCACUCCCUUGAUAAAACAUUCUGGCCCCCACAAGACCCAAGAGGAAAUAACACGCCAACAAAAUCAAGAACGCUCACAUAGCAAUGCCGAAAAUCAGGCCUUCCUCAAGGAUAUGACAACCCAGGUACUGGCCGGUGAGGGUAUUGGUUGGUUGAAAAUGAAUCGUUUCAAGAAACUAAUGGAAGAUGAGUCCUAUCGAACAUUCGUCCUGAGUAAGCUCAACAAGACCUUGGAUAAGAAAAUUGCUCCCGAUGAUCACAUAGAUGAUAUGUGCAUCUCGAAACCCGUCUGGAAGGGCAUGCUGAAAUGCCUACAGGCCGUCACCUCUGGCCUUGAGGUGACCUUUGCCAAUUUCGGUCUGGGUGGCAUGGCUUCCGUUUUUCAAAUGAUGGAAAUUGCCCACACCCACUACUGGACGAAAGAGCUGAACGAUGCCAGCGACAUGUCAUCGAGUUUACUCUCCAGCCAUGCCACCAGUCCAAUGGGCAGCCGUGAAAAUCUCCGUUCUCCCUCAAGUCCCAAUGGCUCCCACUCCGGCUUGGGCAGUGAAUGGGCUUCACCUCAGGAAUCACGUAAAAGUUCCACCCACACGGAUCGUUCAGGGCCGACCAUUCAUGGCGGUAACAUGGGACACAAUCGAAGACUUUCGACAGCCGAUAGUCAAGAUGGCCAGUCGACAACGGAAAUGUUCAAGGAUAUGUUGGCCCAAAAGCGUUCAGCUUUGUUGAGUAAACUGACCUCAUUUGAUUCGGAUGCGGCUGGUUCGACGGGUGCCCUUUCAGUUGUCAGUGACCUCUUGCCUGUGGGUAGUUUGAAUGUUCGCAUGCCAUCCAGUUGUCGUUCAACUGUUUCAGAUACUGAAUACGAAAAUACAACAACUUCGAAGGAUUCGAAACGUAGUUCGGGCAAUAUGUGGACAGGCAAAUCGACGCUCAGUGCGGGUUUCCGUUACACGGGUGGUCAUUUGAUUAAUACCUCUUCAUCGCCAUCACCCGACAGUCCGCGAGUGUAUUUGUUUGAAGGACUACUGGGUAAGGAUCGUUCAAAUCUAUGGAAUCAAAUGCAGUUUUGGGAAGAUGCAUUUUUGGAUGCGGUCAGCCAAGAGCGUGAUAUGAUUGGAAUGGAUCAGGGUCCCAUUGAAAUGAUGGAGCGCUAUAAGGCCCUUAGCGAUUCGGAACGCAAACGUUUGGAACACGAUGAAGAUCGUCUGUUGUCAACGAUGCUCUAUAAUCUGACAGCAAUAUUGGUUAUGUUGAAUGUGAACAAGGAAGAGAUUCGCCGAAAAAUUCGUAGACUAUUGGGUAAAUCCCAUAUUGGCUUGGUCUAUGCUCAGGAAGUCCAUAAUGUUGUGGAUCAAAUUAAUAAUUUGAAUGGCAAUGACAUCGAUUUAAAACCUCUGGGAUCGAGAUUAUUACAUCGACAAAGUUUCACCGUACAUCAGGGUGUGGAUGCCUCGGGUCCUUUACGUUUCAUGGAAGUGCGAGACGAUGGUCUGGUUUUGAGAUCCGUAGAUGGUACCAUUGUGGAACGAUGGUGGUAUGAACGUUUGGUGAAUAUGACCUAUUCGCCAAAGACAAAACUCCUAUGUUUGUGGAGACGUAACGGGGGUCAGACACAGCUGCACAAAUACUAUACACGAAAGUGCAAAGAACUGUACAACUGCAUCAAAGAAGCCAUGGAACGCGGUGGUACACCCACCAAUGUUCCCGAGCUGGGCGGCGAAUUUCCCGUCCAGGAUAUGAAUACGGGCGAGGGUGGCCUGUUACAAGUGUGCCUUGAAGGUGUUGGUUUGUUAUUUGCCAACAGCAAGUUUUUCGUUCGCUUGGAUCACAUACGAAAGUGUUUCACACAAAAGGGUGGCAUCUUCGUAUUGGAGGAAUAUAAUCCUAAAACACGCCAGCUAAUACAACGAAAAUAUAAAUCGAACAUGGCCGAUCAAAUUUGCUAUUCGGUCUUGUGUGUCUUCUCCUAUGUGGCGGCUGGACAAGAUCAAAACCAAAAGAAGAAUCCGGUUGUUAUAACACCCCAGAUACAGGAUAUUCAUGCCCAGCAAAAACAGCAACAACAACAUCAGCAGCAACAUCAACAACAUAUAUCAUCUACAACUACGACAUCUGGUGGCCAUGGUUCCACUGCCACACUGACAAGUUCCAAUAAAACAGCACAUUUGCCUUCACAGCAACAGAACAGCAAUCGACAACAGACCAUAACCAUACGUCACACGCAACCCAUGCAGAAACCAAGCAUUACAACAUCCACGGUUCAGCCUCAGUCACGUUUGGUUCAUACCAAUGCCAAGACUCAUACCACAGCUACAACCACAAUUUCUGCGACAAGUGGCAAGGGUACCAUACAACAGCAGCAGCAGCAGCCACAACACUACCAACAACAACAACACUCACAGCAGUCACAACACUACCAACAACAACAACACCCAAUCUCCACAACUACAUCGCACAAACAAUUACAAAAAUCCACAUCGGAAAAAGUUUCCUCCCAACCCAAGGCCCAUCCUCCGCUUGGGGCCCGCAAAAGCAGCAGUGUUUCAGCCACCACCGGGCCAUUACCUCAACUACCACCUCGCAUACCAUCACAGACUUCAACGGAAAGUGUGGUGGCCACCUCGCCCACCCCCUCUACUGGCUCAUCGGGACGAAGCUCACGUGGUCCACCACCAGGACCACCGCCUGCCAUACCACCACGGACCGGUGCCAUAGCACGCAGUGGCUCGGUACAACACUCCACCAUGACCGCCCAGGGUGUGCGUCCUUUUGUACGGCAAAUUUCCACCAACUCCACACCACCCCAAUACACGCCCCAACCACCUCCGGCCUUUGUCAUACCCAAGAGGCACACCACCAUGCAGCGGGCCUCAUCCAUGGCCACACCAAAUCCAACGAUUAUCAACACUGCCGCUUUGUUUACCACGUGCAUGACUGCUGCGACGCACUCAUCGGCAGCCAAUACCUCUGCAGCACCAUCCACAACCAGCACCACACCCUCACCCUCCUCGCUUCCCUCACCCCAUAACUUGCAGAAACGUCCCUCGUAUGGCAGUGUCAGUUUGGGCUCCUCCCUUUCCACAUCGCCCAGCUCCAACAACGGUGGUAGCAGCUCCACUUCACCCCAGGCCCACCGCAAACACUGACGAAGGAGUUCCUUUUUCAAAAUUGUUGGCAUAGGUGGCGGGAAGGACAGUUGGAAAGAUAGCGGGAAGGAAAGUGGCAGCAAGGACAGCAGUCACAAGGAUUCGAGCCAUCCAGCCGCCAGUGGUAUAGGUGGGGGCGGUGGUGGUCGUUCCGGUGAUGAGCCGCAUUCUCGAGAAGCUUGUCGUUCCAUGUGCCUACCUUGGCUCUAGAUGUAGUAAAACUAGUAGAAAUAUUCAAACUCAAGAAACCUAAAAAUCUUUGAAAAAAUACAAACUUAUAAACCUACAAAUCUAAGCGAAAAACAUAACUACAGUUCAAAAUGGUAAUAAGGGUAUUCACGAAGGGAGGAUUGUAAUUAAGCAAUUGUUGAGGGGUGCUAAAAUGUUACAGAACUUAAUUUUUGAAUAUUAAAAAAUUAACUAUGUUUGUUCCUUAAAAAAAAGGACUGUAUAAACAAACUGAUAUGAAGUAUAUGUACCAUUACGUUGGGCGCCACUUACUCCGAACGUAGAAAUAACGUUGCUGUUCCAUAACAUGUAUUUCACUCUCCCUAUUCGAAAUGAUCGUGUCUACUGACUACGGUUGCGAUGAUAUUGUCAAACAACAAAUGUUGGGUGGCACUUAAUACAAUUGUGUGUAAAUUCGAUUCUUAUUAAAUUGUCCCUUCUCUCUGCUUCCUCCUUUUGGCAAGGCCUUUCAACCUUUAAAAGUCCACAUUGGGCGACACUUACUACGUGAACAUUUUGCGCUGUAGAUCCGAUUUUUAUUGCCGAGAAAAAAAAUCAAAUAAAUCUCCUUUAAUUAGACGAUUUUAUCUUGAAAAGAACUAACUGAUAUGAAGUAUAUGUAGCACAUCAUUGGGCGCCACUUAUUAUAAACGUGAUUUGUUUCAUAGCAAUUGAAUAUGAUUUUUGUUAAGAACAAUUUUUUAAUCAAUUUUCCUUUAAUCAGCUGAUGUUAUCUUAAAAAGGACAAAUUUGUGGGAUGUAUAUGUACUAUCACCUUGGGUGCCACGUACCACAAACCUGAAGAAUAUUGCAUAUAUCAAUUGAUAUUUAUUAUUUUCUUCCUCCCAUCAUUAUAACUCUCUUUGUUUUGGCCCGGACCUCCACAUUGGGCGCCACUUACCACAAACGUGAAAAUAUUGCGUGACCCCAAAUGAUUGCAAUUCUGCUUUUAUUGUCAAAGAACAAAUUUCCAAUAAAUUAUCCAUUAAUUAAGUCAUGUUAUCUUAUAGAGAUCAGUCUUAUUCUCAUUCUCUUUUCAUCCCUCUCUCUCCCCUUUUUUCGACAUUGAAGCUUUUAAAUCCCACGUUAGGCACCACUUAGUACAAACUUUAAAUUGUCCCAUAAAACGAUUUUAUAGCCAAAGCACCAAUAAAUCUUCCAUAUAACAAGUGAAGUUAUUUUAUUUCAAGUAUAUGUAGCACCAAGUUGGGGGCCACUUAGUAAAAUUAUCGUAUUUUAUCAAAUAACUGUAAUUCUGCAUUUAUCGUGCUUGAAGAAUGGGUAAUGAAAAAAAUUUGUAAUAAAGAAAAACAUGACAAACAACGUAAAAAGUACAGCAAAUCAAAGUUAUCCUUACAGGGAGACUAUUCAAAAAGUGGACCGAUAUGAUCCAUUUUCUGUACCAAUGAUUCUGGUUAUAAUUCCAACAUCUCUAUGAAAUUUCAAAGCUCUAUCCAACAUAUUGGGCCUUUAUAACAUUUGGCCUAUGAACUGAAAACUCCUUUGAGGUUUUAAUCUAAAAAUGAGUGCUGUAAGACUGGAAGAAAGUGGUACAUUUUAAAAAUUAAAUAAGGUAUUUUAUUAGCAAAAAUAUUGGGAAGUACUGUUAUAUGGGGGCUAAACAAAAGCGUGGACCUAUACAUACAAUGUUUCGACACAGGAACUAAGACCCAUUAUGACCUUAAAAUACCAAUUUUUAGACAAAUCCGUGAAAAAAUUUGGAAAAAACAUUAAAAUAUGGAAUAUCGGGAGGUACCGUUAUAUGGGGGCUAUACCAAAGCGUUAACCUAUACAUACAAUGUUUCGCCACACGAACUAGGACCCAUUAUGACCUACAAAUAUCAAUUUUCAGACAAAUCCAUGAAAAAAUGUGGCAAAAAUCAUCAAAAUUCCGAAUACCGGGAUGUACCGUUAUAUGGGGACUAUACCAAAACGUGGACCGAUAUAUCUCAUUUUCGAUACCAACCAUCGUAGAUACAAUAUAAAUUUUUCUGCUAAAUUUUGACCCUCUACGUCAAAUAACAGACAGACAGACGGAAAGACAUACAGAGGGACAUCUUUUCUACCAAAAUAUUCUUCAUAUUUUUGUCUACAAUAAAUACACAAAAUAAUCCGAAAAUUUUAAAAACUGUGGAAGAGCAGAAAAUUCUGCCCUCUAUUUACAUUAGUUUGCGAUGUAAACUUUCACUGAAACGUCUAUACACAUGUCUCCUUGUUUGAGCUCUAUGAAAAGUGUAAGAAAUGACAACUUCAGUUAAUGGAAGAUUUUCGAGUAGCCACCAUAUAAAUUAACAAUUCUCAAAUAAUUGUUCUUUUCCCACCUUUCCUAAAAACUGGUAUUAAAACUUUACACAAAAUAGCACCCUUAACAAUUGGUUAAUAAUAUAUUCUCCCCUACGCAAAACUAAAGUAUUCAUAUCUAACUAAAAUGAAAUGCUUUAACUCUAUGAACAAA